UGGACGCGGGAACGAGGCACAUGUAUAGCCGCCGCCAUUGUUGUGGGAAAGGAAGCAUUUUUUCGGGGAAUUUCGUUGGAAUUUACGUGUACAACAGGACUGGAUAUAGUGGAGUGAAAAAUAUUGUGAAACCUCAAACUUUUAAGACUUAAAUAGACUUAUUGUUUCAUUGUGAGAGACAUCUAGGAGGACAGAAUUAGUGUGAUGUCGGCUAGCAUUGAUCAGAGGACAAAAGGACAGCCAAACCAAGUGGCGAAUGGAGCUGUUAAAGAAACCGUGAAGGAAGAAGAGUUUGACCCAUACCUCCAGCAGCCAGCUGCCCAUCAGGCUGGAUACAGUGCCGGACCAAUGUCGAGCCCUGGAGUUUCCGAUACUUUCAUGCCAAGUUAUUAUAAUCCUUCUAUGUCUUUCCCUUAUUUGGGACAAGGACUAAGUGAGGGCGGAGCAUGGUCUAAUGGAGGUGAUGCCACAAUGUUCUCAAUUGGAAGUUACGAUUACAAUGGAAUGUUCAGUAGUGCAGGAUUUGGUUACCCUCAAUUCGGAUGGACUGAUUAUUCGGGAAGUGACUAUUGGGGUAACGCUGCAGGACAGGCUAGGAAGGACGCUAGGGGCUACCCUGAUGAUUACUACCGGACUGAAAACAUGAUUCCUGCAGAUCCCUACACAAUGAACGGUGGUGAGUUUGAACGUGAUCCUAACAUGGCGGGAGUGGAACAGGGACUCAAAGGCAUGAAUAUCAGUGAUAAACAAGUGGAUGCUCACGGUGUGACUGUUAAUGACCAAGGUCAUAUACAAGGGGACAUGAGUGGAGUACCAGUUUCUGCAGGACCCGUUCAGCAUGUGCCUGUGACGUCUCAAGCUCCCAAAAAGGCAUCAUGGGCUGCCAUCGCCAGUCAGCCUGCUCGUCCCCAGCCCCAACUGAAACAUCGGACUAUUCCCAGGGCCCCUAUGAAUCCCAACAACAAGCAAAACAUGGACAUUGGGACAUGGGACACUCGCAACAAUGGAGGAAACAAGCAAGGCAAUGGACAGGGACGAACAUGGAACGUGCCACGAAGGUCUGGCAUGAACUCGUAUAAUUCUAGUUCCAAUUCAGGCCACUCUAAUCAAUCGUCAAGCGCUGGAAGUUCUGGACUAGCUACAAUUCCGAACCCUCAACAAGGGGCUACUGCUCACCCUGUGUUGGAAAAAUUGCGUUCUGCCAACCAAUACAACCCUAAGGAGUUCAAUAUGAACCCUCGUGGAGCCAGGUUCUUUGUCAUCAAGAGCUACUCUGAGGACGAUAUUCACCGCUCUAUCAAGUAUAGCAUUUGGUGUAGUACGGAGCAUGGAAAUAAGAGACUGGAUAGUGCAUACAAGGAACGUGAGAGCAAGGGACCCAUCUACCUUUUUUAUAGUGUCAAUGGCAGUGGACACUUCUGUGGCAUGGCCCAGAUGAUGUCGACACUGGACUACAAUCGCAGUCCGGGGGUUUGGGCCCAGGACAAGUGGAAAGGUCAGUUAGAUGUCAAAUGGAUAUAUGUGAAGGACGUUCCCAACAGCCAACUUAGGCACAUUCGUCUAGAGAACAAUGAAAACAAGCCUGUCACGAACUCUCGUGAUACACAGGAAGUGCCCCCAGAGAAAGGGAAGCAGGUGCUGAAGCUCCUUCACUCCUACCGUCACACAACUUCCAUCUUUGAUGACUUUGGUCACUACGAGAAACGCCAAGAGGAAGAGGAUCCGGCUGAUGCGGAACAGGCGCCAACACAGCAACAACAACAACAGCAGCAGCAGCAGCAGCAGCAACAACAGCAGCAACAGCAACGCCCUGCACAGCAGCGACAGUAGAAGUGUCGCGGGACGACCCGCUUCUACAGGGUCAAAAGGUCACUGACCUCGCCUGCGACUGCCCCCACGGAACUUGAAGUUAUAUAUAAAAUAUCAAGUGUGGAGAGGAAAUUUUCAGUUUAUUUAACACAUGGAUCUUUACUAGUGUAGUGAUAUGGUGUCAUGAUCCAGAUGUAACGCACUGUGGGGAAAAAAUCGUACAAAAAUUCUUUCAUUUUAAAUUUUUUAUUAUAAACUGAUAUUCUGUUAUAUUAAGAUUGUAUUGUUUUACAUCUUCGUUUAAAUUCUCAUAUCUAGGAAAUCAAAUCUACAACAGGUUGCCAUGAAAAAGAAGCAAAGCGUCGUGAAAACAUCCUACACAUAUAUACGUGGAAUCAUAGUGAAUUUGUGCUGAAGUAUUCAAAUUAUGCAGUACUAGUCGGUCGUUCUGAUUUUCUUUGAUUUUAACUGAAGAAUCAUCCUUUUUGAUUUUUUAAAAUUAUUGUACUAGUCUUACUGAUGUUCGGUAUAAGGAUGUAAUGGACCUGCAGUGAAUGGAUAUGUUUUCCUAUAAGUUCAUAAGUUGCUACACACACGAACUCUUGAAUUAUGGACCACAAGAAUAUGCACCUACGAGUGAUAUAUUUGACCCAAGGUGGGAAGACUGUUCUUCGUACUUGAUAGGUACUGAAGACGUAGCCAAGUGCAUUAAACUUCAUUUUCCCUGAAAGGUUUGAAGAAAGGUGUGUUUGGUAAAAAAAUUAGACUUCCAUUUGACAAAUCUUUGUGCUAAAAUGCCUGUUCGACCAUGCCUCUUUGUGGAUAGACAAGUUUUUUAAAUAAAGGUGUGUCUUUGUUUUCUCGGACAAUUUACAAGUUAUAAAAGACAGAAGAGAGAAACAAAUUCAAGGAAGAUUAUUUAAAAUACGGCAAGUAUUUUACAAGAGACAUCGCGAUACAGUGCAUUUUUUCCCCAAUAAAAAAACACUUGCAAGACAAAUCAUAAAAUUGUGGGGAACAGAAAAAAAAAUCCAAUGGAGGUUAUGGAUCCUUGUGUUCAAAGGGAGACAGUUCUCUGGGCAUAUUCCGUUUAAAACCGAAGAAAAAACUUUUAAAGACUUGGAGUGCCAUUUCCAAGAGGAAAAAGGAUGCAUUUAUAAUCAAUAUCUCAACAUUAAGUUUUCUUAUGAAUUAUUCCAACUGUUGUGUGGUUGUUAUAAGGACGCAUGGCUGUAUUCCUGAAAUGAAAUCGUCCGAUUGCCUAUUAAAACUGCUAAAUACUGUGCAAAUGUAA